AAGACAUUAUCUCCUUUCUGUCUUAACGUUAGUAUUCGAUGGCCAAUGGCUGCCACCUCAUCGUGAUGUUGUGGAUCUUGUGUCAGCGCGAAGGUUUUCUUUGGUAAUACCGGAGACUCCUUCUUACAGGACUAUUAUCAGAAAUAACGAGCAGAAUGAUCCGGAGUAAUGUGAUAGCCCUGCUGGCGAUUCUCCUGGUCGCCCAGGUUCAUGGCAUCAUGUUUUAUCUGGAACCGAACGGUCACAAGUGUCUGAAGGAGGAGGUCCAUGCUAACGUACUCGUUACAGGCGAGUACGAGGUGUCCGAGGCGAUGGGCCAAAAAACGAAUUAUGUGAUCCAGGACUCUAAGGGGCAUAUAUUAUCACAGAAGGAGGAUAUUCCCCAUGGAAAGCCAUUGAAGUUCUCUUUUGUGACUGAGACCUUCGACACCUUCGAGAUAUGUUUCAUUUCGCGCGUUCCAAGUCAUCAGCGUGGUGUCAGGCAAGAAGUUAUGCUGGUCACGAAACGCGGCAUUGAAGCAAAAAGUUACGAAGGCUUGAUUGGCGAAGCAGCCAAAUUAAAACCAGUGGAAGUUGAAUUGAAACGAUUAGAAGACUUGUCUGAGGCAAUAGUACAAGACUUCGCUAGAAUGCGCAAGAAUGAAGAAGAAAUGAGAGACACAAACGAGGCCACAAACACUCGAGUAUUGUACUUCAGUAUAUUCUCGAUAUGUGUCCUUUUCAGUUUGUCCGCCUGGCAACUCUUUUAUUUCCGGCGUUUCUUCAGAAUGAAAAAACUCAUAGAAUAAUUGCAUUUGUGUAAUACAAAUGUAACAAAUAUAGUUAUUUUCUGAAUUAUCUUUGUUAUCUGUAACCUCAUAUCUGGAUCAUCGAAUACUUUUUAUAUUUGCCGCAAUAUUUGAGAAGUACUGUUUAAAAGAAUAUUCGAGAAAAAGCAUUAAUCAUAUUAAGUCAUUCGAAUGUAAAAUAUAGUGAGACCUCGUCUCGUUCCAUAUUGCGCAUACAUCACGAGAACCAUAUUUAAGAUUGUAAGAAAGAUAGAAGAUUUCUUAAAUAAAAAUAUACUUAUAAAAUA